UGGAUGCCUCCAAUAUCCCGCCUUUCAUUGAUCUUUAAGAUACAAUUAUUCCGCAAGCCCCCAUAAGAAUUCCAAACAUGUGGUACCAUGUAGCCGACCCCAACUCCUACCUCGCCAUCACCGGCGUUGGUAUUGAUGGAGUCAAAAUCGCAAAGAAAGCAUUCAUCUUCCCAUUUCAGAAAUUCAUCACCAUUUCUGUCACUCCCUUUGACUUUUCCAUGGCUCUGACUGCCAUGACGGUAGAAAAGCUGAAGUUCUCGCUACCGGCAGUCUUCACCAUCGGUCCUCACGAUGAGGUCAACGCCAUGACUAAAUAUUCCAUCCUGCUGUCGGGGCAGUCUGACGGUGCCAAAGGCGCUAUGAAGAAUGUGCAGGCAGGAACAAACCAUGUGCAAGACAUCGUUAAAGGUAUCAUUGAGGGCGAGACCCGCUCAAUUGUCUCGACAAUGACCAUGGAAGAGCUUUUCCGCGAGAGAAAGGUGUUCAAGACCAAGGUCAUUGAAAACGUCCAAGGAGAAUUGGAACAAUUCGGCCUAAGGAUCUACAACGCCAACGUGAAGGAGCUCCAAGACACGCCCGGCAGCGAGUAUUUUGCAUACCUGAGCCGCAAAGCCCACGAGGGCGCCCUCAACCAAGCCAAAGUGGAUGUCGCGGACGCACGCAUGCGGGGUGAAGUCGGCGAAGCGGAGAAGCAAGGCAAGACGAAGCAAGAAAUUGCCAAGAUCCACGCGGCGACAGCAGUGCUGGAGACGGAGCGCAAAGGCGAAAAAGCGACGGCGGACGCGAAGCUCACAAGCAAAGAGAUCGAAAUCGAGCAGCAGCUGAACCUGUCGCGGAUCAACGCGAAGCGAGCCGCCGAGUCGCGCGACGCCGAGCUGCAAAAGGGACUGGAGCAGAAGCGCGCCGAGAUGGAGCUGGAGCGCCUGCGCGCCAGCACCGUCACGAAGGCCAAGAUCGCCCGCGAGUCGCAGCAGGAAGCCGCCGACGCGGAGCUGUACUCGCAGCGCCAGGCCGCCGACGGCGAGCAGUACAAGCAGCGCGCCGACGCCGAGGCAGAGUUCUUCCGCAUCACCAAGGAGGCCGAGGCCGAGGUGGUGCGUCGCCAGCGCCAGGCCGACGCCCAGUUCUACGCCGAGUCCAAGGACGCCGAUGUCAAGCUGCUUGCAGCCGAAAAGGCCGCUGAGGCCGCCUAUAUCACCAAGAAGCGCGAGGCCGAGGGCCUGUCGGAGAUGGCCAAGGCGUAUGGCGAGCUGGCUAACGUGCUCGGCGGGCCUCAGGGCCUCAUGCAGUACUUCAUGUUGCAGAAUGGCACGUACGAGGCUCUUGCCCGCGCUAAUGCCCAGGCUAUCCAUGGCAUGCAGCCUAAGAUCAAUGUCUGGAACACGGGUGCUCAGGCUGAGGGCGCGGACUCCACGGCUCCGAUUAGGAAUCUCUUCCAGAGCCUGCCGCCCCUUCUUAGCACCAUCAACGAUCAGACUGGCAUCUCCCCGCCGAGUUGGCUGGCGCAGAUGCAGCAGCAACAGGUGCCUCAGCAGCAGAAUGAUGCCUUGGUUCGAAACAAGGACCGUAACGAAGUCAACGGUCAUUAGAGACCUGUCCUUCAUUUUUUCUUGUCUUCUUUUUCGGUUUAGUUCAGUUCGUUCAGACUUGCUUUUCUACGUUCUGUCUCUAUACCCCUGUGUUUUCUCCUUCAUGAAGACUAAUAUCUGAACAUCCUGUCAGAUUGAGAUGGGGCGAAGGGCACGCGUUACCGCAUACUGUGAAUAGCGCUUCUGUGCGUGACUAGACCCUUUUCCCUUAGGAAGAUUCACGGUAAUUGUUAGUAGUGGUAGAAGUAGUCAGUAGUGUAUCAAACAAUCGAUUCAAAGCCAG